CUGGCAAUCAGAGAGGCCGGGAACCUGGUUUUCAGGAAAAUUAUGAAGAAGUGCAACGAUGCUUCUCUCCUGGGGACAUGGUUGAGCUUCAGGUGUCCUUCUCAGAGCAAACCUUAGACGAUGUUGGCUGCACCUCUCUUGGGAAUGCUGUUGGGAUCCAGGGAGAACUCUCAAACAGAGAGGCCACUGAGACGAUCCACUCCACCACGACGUCAAGCAGCGUGCCAUGCUCUGCCAGAGAGCCGCUUGGGCAGCACGGAGUCGUGCUCAGCUCCCCUUUGAUGCUGGGGCAGGUGGAGGUGGUUUUGCAGCAGCCUGCAGCAUCAGGGGCAGGGAGGGGCAUCCUCAGCGUGGGAGGCCCCAGGGUCAGUGGAGGUGCUGGAUACCAAAGCGAGGGAGAAGAAGGAGGAGGGCACUGUGAGGGGCUUCCUGGGUCUUUUACUGUCUCAUUUGGAAUUCCCUUAGAAGAGGCAACACCAACAGAAGAGCAGGACUGUGAUUCUGAGGGGGAUCCAGACAAACCCAACAAGCAUCGGGCAAGACACGCCAGGCUCAGACGUAGUGAGAGUCUGUCUGAGAAGCAGGUGAAGGAGGCCAAGUCCAAAUGUAAACGUAUUGCUCUCCUUCUUACGGCUGCUCCGCCCAACCCCAACAACAAGGGGUUGUUGAUGUUCAAGAAACAUCGACAGAGGGCGAAGAAAUACACACUUGUCAGCUACGGCACAGGAGAAGACGAACCAGAGUACAGUGACGAAGAGGACGAAGAAAACGAAGGCGACAAACAAGAAACCCAUACUGUUGAAUUUACCCUUGUGGCUCCUAACGAUUCUGAAAUAGACAAGCAUUUCCUCACUAAUGCUCAGAGUAGCAAAGGUGUGCUAACUAUCAACUGGGAUAAGGGUCUCCUUGAGAUUGAAAGGAACCUGAACAACAAAACAAAGAUGGAAUGUUUGCCUGAAACCAAGGGCAAGGGUGCCCUAAUGUUUGCCCAACGGCGUCAAAGGAUGGAUGAGAUUUCUGCUGAACAUGAGGAGCUGAGGCGCCAUGGGAUGCCAGUAGAAGGAGUACUAGCAGCUGAAAAGAAGACAGUGGAACAGUCCUACAUGCAGUCCAAAACAGAGGGCCAUGCUUACAUGGAUGUAAAUAUACACCAACAAAGCCAACAGCAACAAGAGUACCAGCAGCAGUACUAUGAACAACAACAGAACUACCAACAACAGCAAUACCAACAACAGUAUCAGCAGCAGCAGUAUGAACAGCAGCAUUAUCAGCAACAGCAAAUGUAUCAGCAGCAGCAAGAAUAUCAUCAAGCGCAACAGCAAAUGCAGCACUACUCUACAAACAUCAAUGGCACAGUGCAGCAUCAAACCAGUGAAAUGCAGAGUUCUUUCAGCAACCGUACUGCAAAGCCUUUCUUGGUCGAAAACAUGGCGGCUACCCCUUAUUCUCCCGCAAUGAGUGGGACCAAUCAUGAUUCUGUGGGCCAAGGAGAGCAGAUAGCUUCCCGGGAUGAGCGCAUUUCUACCCCUGCUAUUAAAACUGGCCUUUUGAUGGAUGCAAGGAAAAGAACCUCUGGCAAGCCUAUGUUCACUUUUAAGGAAGCACCAAAAGUAUCACCUAACCCAGCAUUGCUAAACCUCCUCAACAGGAGUGAUAAGAAGUUGGGAUUUGAGUCAGGACCUGAAGAAGACUACCUUAGCCUUGGGGCUGAGGCGUGUAAUUUCCUCCAGUCUGCAGUUAAACACAAGACUCCUCCACCAGUGGCUCCGAAGCCGGUGAUUAACCCCAAUUCUCUUCCUUGGUCCCCACAGAUAGAAGUGACCAACCAGGACAUGCCUCAACAAGCUGAAAAUAGUGUAUCCACACCUGCUAUAGCCCCCACUACAGAAUCUACCCCUGCUCCAGAACUAGAGCCAACCCCUGCACCUGCCCCUGAGCCCUCUCCCCCUCCUGCCCCCCAGGAGGUUCCUGCCAGCAAUACCACAGAGGAGCAGCACACAUGGCCCCUCCUGGAGCCUGAAUCUCAACAACAGCAUCUGCAAGUGACAGCUCAGGAAGAAUAUGGUCGUAUGAAUUCUACACUGCAGCCUGAGCCUGCUCCUGUGGCAAGCUGGGCUGCAGCACAAACACAAGCACAACAGCAGCCAUCUACCAAUUCUUGGCAUCCAUCUCAAGUACAACCCCAAGAACCACCUCCAAGUCAAUCCCCACAACAACAACCUUGGGUGACAAGUCAGCCUACACAGACUCAAGUACAGCCUCAACCCCCUACAAAUACUUGGACCCUUCCAAACCAACCAUCCUGGAAUCAGCCUCAAGAGCACACACAAGCCCAGACAAGUGCUCAGCCAUCCUGGGCCCAGCCUCAAGAGCAAACACAAUCACAGCCACCCUGGACACACUCUCAUGAGCAGCCAAGUAUGCAGCAAAUGCAACCAACCUGGGGUCAACCUCAAGACCAACCAUUGCAGCAUCAGCCACAGGCCCCAUGGGCACAGCCAUCACAAACGCACUCUCAGCAUCAGCCACCAUGGGUGCAACAACCCCAGCAAAAAUCUGAAGCACAACCCCCGUGGGUUCAGCAGGUUCCUCCAGAAUCCCAGCAACAACCCCCAUGGGUUCAGCAAUCACCGCAUCAGACUCCACAACAAGCAUGGCCACAGGCACAAGCACCAGGUCAGCCUCAACCACCUUGGGUCUCUGCUCAGCCUCAACAGCAACCCUCAAUUAAUGCAUGGCCUCCGUCACAAACUCAAGCCCAAGUCCAGCCACCUUGGAUCCAAGCAGCCCAAGCCCAACCUCCUGCACAACCCCAAGCCAAUUUGAAUCCAUGGGCGCCAGUUCCUGCCCAGGCUCAGUCCCAACCUUCAUGGACCCAGCACCCUUCAGAACAUGGUCAGCAUCCCAUGAGUUCUUGGGCCCAAGAGCAAAAUCAGGCCCAACAUCAACCACCUUGGGCUCAACCAGUUCCACCCCAGCCCACACCACAGCCAAAUUGGCAACAAUCGACUUCAAAGACUUCGCCACAGCCCCCAAUGAAUACAUGGCCUUCAGCUCAGGCACAGCCUCAGACACCUGUGAAUACUUGGGCACCACAGUCACAGCAAACACCUGUGAAUGUUUCCACGUCAAUGGUGAACACAAAUCCAUCUCCAAAACCUUGGCAUCCACCGCAAAAUGCGCCACAAAACCGGGCCCCUCCACCCCCACCACAGCGAAUGCACUCUUUUACUAUUAGUCAAAGAGCUUCAUCACCCAUCAACCCAAUGGCCACUGUCUUAAACCCAUCAUCCCCAGGUUCAGCUUUUGAGAUGCCAGCCGUCAGAGGGAAAGGAGCUGAUAUGUUUGCCAAGAGGCAGUCUCGUAUGGAGAAGUUUGUUGUGGACUCUGAGACUGUGCAAGCAAACAAGGAGAGCCGGUCAACAUCGCCAACUGCUUCCUUACCAAAUGAAUGGAAAUAUACACCAAACGCACUUGGCAGGAGCUACUCCCUUUCCCCACCAGCCAGAGUACCAUCCACAGGCCAGAAGUCAGCUUCGGCUUCUUCUUCCCCCAAGCCUCCGGCUCGGGCCUCCGAAACUCCCCCACUGAGGCAGACAUCCUGGCUGGAGAGGGUCCACAAACCCAUUACGCCCUGGGAGGCCGCCUCCCGGCAUCCCCUGGGCCUGGUGGAUGAAGCCUUUGCUUUCCAGAACCUCCAGCAAACCCUUGCUUCAAACGUCCGCUUGGCAGCCCAGCGCAAAAUGCUGCCCGAGCCGCCAGUAGAGUGGAAGGCCAAGGUUUCUUACCAAGCCCCGCAGAAAACAGGCAGCCACACGUGGAGCCAGAGCCAAAGCCGCAGUCAGAGUCGAGCUCCGCUGCCAUCAUUUGUGUCCCCAACAAGGAGCACCAUCUCCAUCCCUGCCUCUAAUGCCGGUUACAGGUCCCUGCCCAGACAGUGGCAGCCUCAGAGGUCUGCAGCACAAGCGAAUGUGGGGCCCUCAGUGUCCUACACCGAGUACAAGAGGCCCUUGGGAAAACAAACUUACAAGUCUGUGUGCACCAGCAACACUUGGAGUUGGAAGCGGUAGGAUGCAGCUCCACCUGCGUGACCUUAAAAUGAGUCAAAUCCAACUCCAUUCCUUAACACAUCCAAGUGCAGUUAGAGCAUUUUUAAUUCAUCAAUCUCUAAACAAACAAAAAAAUGGUGAGUUAGCUCACAAUGAAGAGGACAUUUGGAUAAAUGAUUGUUUGAUGAAUGAUAGAUUGCUGGAUUUCUCCCACUUUUGCUAAUAUCAUUUUUUUAAUUGCUUUAUACAUUUUGCUCUGAAAUCUUUAGUUCAAAAUACAUUAGAUGAGAUCUUUGCAUGCCGUAAUCAAAUGUGAAACGAGUUUAUCACUUUAACAUUAACAUUUAACUGACAGCUUUCUAGCUAGGUUAAAACACUGAAGUGGGCCCGGGCCAUGGAUAUAAUGAGUCUGACAUGUUGAGUGCAAAAUAUGUGGAAAGAGAAUGUAGAGUAGCAGUAUAUCUGGAGUUAACUGCAGCUGUUGACUGUUCAGCGACCCUUUCAGAAUAUACAAAACAGGUAAUAAUGCCAUCCUGAGAACAGAAAUAUGUGAGGAUGCAAAGAAGGAGGAAGAAUCGGUGACCUUCCCAUCAAACAGUAAGUUGCAAGCGGGGAUUGUCCCCUGAAAUGUUGUCAGCUUGUGGGUGAAUUUGCCGUUCAUGCUGGUUUGAUUUUCUGCUGUGGAUGUACGUAUCUAGCAUGCUGGUUCUUGCAGUGAUUGUGCACUUUUUUGGGAGGAUGGGCUUUUUUUUUUUUUUUUUUUUUUCAGCAGUCCAUGAGGAUGGUGUUCUCAGAUCAGGAAAUCAUUUCACUGUCAGAAUACAAUUAGAGAUGCAUCAGACGUGAGGCUUCAGACUUGGGGAAAGGUUAGUGCUAUAACUCGGCAUGUUGUGGGCAGACACGUCGUUAUGUAAGAUCUCAUAAGUGAGAUUAAUCCACUUACUUACCAGGUGCAUUUUAAUUAGUGCAUUAGCAUGUGGACGUUAAUUACUCAGAGGGAGGGGGAAGAUGAGAGGCAGAAAAUAGGGCAUCUUUUUGGACCGUUAUAGUUUCCCAAGACUUAUUUCCUUUGAAUUGUCACAUUCCAGCACAACAAAACAGCUUGUAGAAGGAUAUUGGAGUUUUAUCACCCUGAUUCCAAUAACAAUGUAAAAUCUAAGUAAAAGCAGAAUGCAAUGAUUUGCAAAUCUUUUCCUGCCUGCAUUCAGUUUGAUACAAUAUAAAAGAAAGAUAUUUAUGUUCAAACUGGCAAACUUUGUUGUUUUUUGUACAUACGCUCAUUCCGAAUUUGAUGCCACGUUCCAAACAAGCUGGGACGGGGAAUGUUUACCACUGAGUUACAUCACAUUUUCUUUUUGCGACACUCAGCAAGCGUUUAGGAACUGAGGACAGUAACUGUUAAAGUUUUGAAAGUGAAAUUAUUUCCCAUUCUUGCUUGAUAUAUAACUGCAGUUUCUCAACAGUCUGUGGCAUCUGUUGUCACAUUGUGUGCUUCAUAAUGUGUCACACAUUUGCAGUGGGAGGCAAGUCUCGACAGCAGGCGGGCCAGUAUAGUUCCCGCAACCUUUUACCCUGAAGCCACUCUGUUGCAACACGUGCAGAGUGCGCUUUGCCAUUGUCUUGUUAAAAUAAGUCCCUGAAAGAGACGUUGUCUGGAUGGCAGCAUAUGUUACAUCAAAACCUGGAUGUACCUUUCAGCAUUAAUGGUGCUUUCACAAAUGUGCAGGUUACCCAUGUCAAGGGUACCGAACACGCCUCCAUACCAGCACAGAUGCUCGCUUUUGAGUUUUGUGCUGAUUACAAUCUGGAUGGUUCUUUUCCUUCUUAUCCAAGAAGACCUGAUUUCCAAAAACAAUCCAAAAACAUCGCACUUUUCCAUGUUGAGUCUGUCUAUCUCAGAUGCUUCACUUUGCAUGGUAGAGGCUAUUCCACCAAUGGCUUUCCAAAGUGUUCCUGAGCCCGUGUAGUGAUGUCCUUCAUAUAGUCAUGUCGGUUUACCUGUGGAAUGUUCCAAGCAGGUGUUUUUUGGUGCAUCCCAUAACUUUACCAGUCUUUUGUUGCCCCUGUCCCAACUUGUUUUAAAUGUGCUUUAAAUGUUGUAUUUACACAAAAACAAAAAAGAUGUUUUCCACAGUGUCUCAAGUUUUUUGGACUCAGCUGUAGUUGGGAGUAAAAGUGAAAUUGAGGAAUGUUGAUUAUGAGUACAAAAAAUUGUUUUAGUUUGUGACAGGUUUGCUGGUGCUGGGAGAAUUGCUUACAGCAUGUAUUGGGUUUGUGGCUUGUGUUUGGUUUGGGAUUUUGCUGUAGAAGAUUAAAGCUAGGCUGUUGUUGUUUCCACAGAGUAUACGUAAUGUCCUAAUGCGAUUCUCACCGAGCAGUCUCAUCAACAUAAAUAAGAUUGAUCACACAGCAUUGUGUUGUGUCUCAGCUGACUCACCCAGCAUCCUGACAUACUGUGGUGUAUCUGUGAUAAUUACGCUGUAUUGCUUCCAUUCAGACAACACUUAUAAUGGUCACAAUACAACACCAGUAAUCAAUUUCUGUUCCAAACUAAUUCAGAUAUGGAUUCACAUCAAGCAUUUUACAAAAUAAAUACAACCAAAUAGCACUAUUUCACAAUUUGCGCCGUGUGUUUGUGCUCUUUGCUCUCUAUUCCAAGCAUGAAAUACUUGGCUCUGGGCCAUUUGUUGCUUGCUGUACCAUCCCAUGAAGCUUUUUGUAUGAUGUGCUGUCU